AUGAAGGCUGUGGCGAGGAGUCAUGUGUGGUGGCCAGGCCUGGACCGUGACGUCGUGGAAGCUGUUCGGGGCUGCCAGAUUUGCCAAGAGCAGCAGCAUAUGCCAAAACGUACCGAAAUGACCUCGUGGCCAUUCCCAGAGAAGCCAUGGUCACGCCUUCAUGUCGAUUUCGGCCGUCCAUUUAAAGGACGAUUUUUUUUCGUAGUGGUGGACGCUUUCUCCAAGUGGGUCGAGGUGUUGCCCGUGACAUCUCCGUCUUCAACAGCAACUAUUGCCUGUCUUAGGGACAUUUUUGCAACACAUGGGAUCCCAGACCUCAUUGUGUCUGACAAGGGUGCAGCAUUUGUGAGCAGUGAGUACCGCAAGUUUUUAAAGCGGAAUAACAUCAAGCAACUCCAAAUUCCACCAUAUCAUCCGGCGUCAAAUGGAGCAGCUGAUAGAGUGGUGCAGACUGUUAAAUCUAAGCUGAAGAAAAGUGCAGCAGGAGACUUUAAAACGCAGAUAGCGAUCGAGGUUCUUACUACACCACCGUUCACAACCUCAUGCAGUCACUGGACGUACACCAGCCGAACUUUUGAUGGGAAAGAAGUUGAAGACUGCGUUGGACAAGCGUAA